AUGGUUCUGGACCUGGUCUCUGGUCUGGAUCAGGAGGAGCUGGUGGAGCUGGUCCUGGACCCACCUGUCUCCCUGCCUGAAGCCCUGCCCACAGAGAUCCUAACCCCGCCCGACGAUCAGGACGAAGACCAGGUGUCUGACCCCGAGGAUGCCCCGGUAUCGGGCCGCCGGGCCUCCCUGUCGGACCUGAGCGGGCUGCAGGACAUCGAGGCGCUGAGCGUGCGCCAGCUGAAGGAGAUCCUGGCCAGGAACUUCGUCAACUACAAGGGCUGCUGUGAGAAGUGGGAGCUGAUGGAGAGGGUGAGACGGCUGUACCAGGACCAGCAGAACCUCAGGGCGGCCAACGCUGUGAACUCUGCAGAGUCCGGUGCUGAAGGUUCUGCGGGCCUGGAGGAGAACCUGUGUAAGAUCUGCAUGGACUCGCCCAUUGACUGCGUGCUGCUGGAGUGUGGUCACAUGAUCACCUGCACCAAGUGCGGCAAGAGGAUGAGCGAGUGUCCCAUCUGCCGCCAGUACGUGGUCCGAGCCGUCCACGUCUUCCGGUCCUGAGCCCCCCCCAGGGCCCAAACGAACCUCCUGAAGGGACCUUCUUGGGACAGAGAUGCUUUUAUUUUGGUAACCCUAUUUUUCUAGUGUACAUAAGAAGAAGAAGAAGAAUGUAAGAAGUGACCUUAAUGUGAAGCUGCUGCUGGAACACUGAAUGUACAGCAGCUGAGUCACGUCUCUGAUUUACGAACUUUAACCUUUUUUAAACACUCGUGGAGCAGGAACCCGUCUGUGCCUUCAGCCGUUCGCCUCUCGCCUCCUACCAAAGAAAAACGCUCCGUCGAGGGUCCACCGGCAGUCGUCUUUAACUUCCUGUGAAACACAGACUGUCUUACUUCAGCCUCUACUUUGUUUACAGUCUGCAGUGAGUUCAAACUUUACAAAAAAAGUGAAAGUGAAAACCUCUAAAACCCACUUCAGCCUUUCUUCUACUUCAGCUUCAGCCCAGCAGCCAAUCAGCAGGCUAGUAGCCUUUUGACCUCCACUUGAACUAAGUCCCGCCCCCCCCAGCCUCAGGGGAUUGGUGCUCCUCGUGUCAAUCGCAUCGCUAACUCUCAGGGCGUGCGGCAUCUGAACGCUGCUGUUUCCCUUCAGAUUCCUCCACGUUACUAACUCUUAAUUACUGAAUAAACGAGCCGAUCAACGUGUCUGGGAACAAAUAGGACUUUAAUUUACACCCCUGUAGUUUCCGGGGAGGAACUCGGUAAAUCUGCGAUCAGAGAGAGUUUGUUUUAGUAGCCUGGGCGGCUUUUUCUAGCAGCUUUCCCGGAGAGUGAAGUGUUUUUACUCGUAGCUUUUGUGUUGCUGAGCGCCUCCUGUUUUUUUACUGCAGCGCUGUCCCUACCUGAUGUGAGUCAAGUGCAAAUGUGAGUUGCGCACUCGUCACUUUGAGACAAGUAGUGCUACGAGAUGCUACCAAGACACAAGUAGCCUCCAAGAUGCUACCAAGAGACAAGUAGCCUACAAGAUGCUACCGAGAGACGAGUAGACAACAAGAUGCUACCGAGAGACGAGUAGACAACAAGAUGCUACCGAGAGACAGGUAGCCUACAAGAUGCUACCGAGAGACGAGUAGACAACAAGAUGCUACCGAGAGACAGGUAGCCUACAAGAUGCUACCGAGAGACAAGUAGCCUACAAGAUGCUACCGAGAGACAGGUAGCCUACAAGAUGCUACCGAGAGACAAGUAACCUACAAGAUGCUAACCAGAGACAAGUAGCCUACAAGAUGCUAAUGAGAGAGAGGUAGCCUACAAGAUGCUAACCAGAGACAAGUAGCCUACAAG